AUGCUGUUUCUCAUUGAAAAUACUGAAGCUAAUGUUUAGAGUCAGCAUUUCAUUGACAUUGAAGACAGAGCAUCUGUAGAGAUUAAGUUCGCAUAGGCUGUAAGAGAGAAUACACUACCGAUAAAUCCAAAAUCUGAGCAGAGUAUCUUCGAUAACAAUAAGUUUAUAAGUAAAAGCUAAACAGUAGAGGCCACAACUACACUAGCAUAAUGGGGAGAGUUUUCUGGAGGAUGUUUUCUAGGAGUUUCAGUUGCUUUAUCAACUCAAGUGGAUAAUGUUUGCCUCAAGAAUAUCGCUACUCUUACAGAGAGUGGCUAUUUGAUCUAUUAUUACAUGGCCAGGUAUUACACAACCUAAUCUACUGAUGAUGCCUCUUACGCUUUUGCAUACAUUCUUAAACUAUUUAGAACUGGUAUGACUUUCGACUGCACUGGAGGUAUAAGCUUUGCUUCAAGAGACUCUUUUAAUACUAAAAAGAAUAUAUAGUAGAAAGCUAAUCAUUCAAAGUUUUCUAUAGUAAAAGCUGAGUCAGAUGCUAGUGAUUUGAUUGGCUUACUUAUACAAGUGCUUGGUGAUGUAUAGGAAGCCAUGGGCCUUUUAGAGAUCUUUAUUGACUCUUAGACCAUUUAUUCAGAGUGGCAGGAUGGGGACUACUUUGAGGCAGGUCUAUAUACUGGUAAAGGUGUUACUAAUGCUGCCUAUACGUUUUACGGAAUAAUUUAAAGAGUUAUUAAAAAUUACACGUGA